AUUGCAUCUUCCCGUUAGUCAACCUUGAUAGUAGAUAGAAAAUGAAAUCAAAAUCUUGGAAAAAAGUCGCUUAGGUAAGCGACGAUAUCAAAAAAUUAAUUAUUCUUCAAUAUGGAAGACACCACCACGGUCACUCUUUUAACAAUCCCAACUCUUCCGGGCGCAAUUAAUUCAAUUAAACGCCCGAAUACCUAGUUCAAAAUCGAUACCGUCCCUCCAAUAACCCCCCAAUACGCUAAAGUCAUCAAGCAAGAGAAGAAUGUCCCUCCACCUCCCCAUCCGCCGGACAUCCACCACCGCCCUCUCCAAUCCCACCAGAACCACCUUCAUCUACACACAAUGCAGACAUGCAACACUCCUCAGACGGCCCAAGCGCCCAUACACCUUCACCCAGCUCAUAACCCUCUCGGACGGCAGCACCUUCACCCACCGCACCACUUCCCCCAUUGCCGUCUACCGCUCAACACGCGACACGCGCAACGCACCACUGUGGAACCCGUCCAGCGAGAAGCUGCGAAACGUCGAGGAGGAUGAGGCAGGGCGGCUAGCGGCGUUUAGAAGCAAGUUUGGUCGGAGUUGGGAUGCGACGGGUACGGCGGCCGCGGAAGGAGCUUCUUCUGCUGCUGCUGCGUCUGCUACUCCUGCUACCACUACUACGACUGCUGCGGCAGGACAGGCUGGGGUUGAUGCGAAGCAGGCUGAGGAUACGGCUGUGGAGUUUGAGUUUGAGGAGGAUGAGGAAGAGGAUAAUUUGUUGGAUUUGAUUAGCUCGUUUGGUCAGACGGAGGGGAGUCAGGAGGCUCAGCCGGAGAAGGGGAAAGGGAAGGGGAAGAAGAAAUAAGGGGAUCUAGGCUCCUCUUCUUCUUUAAUUGUUUACCUAUGUUUCUGUGCUAAGACUUGCUUUUUUUUUUUUUUUUAUUAUUUUAUAUAUGGGAUUGUAUGAAUAUGUAUGGAGUAUUUUGUUUUUUUCCUGGUUGAGAAACUUUUCCCUCUUCUUGUAUGUUCUGUAUAGUGUAGUGUGAAUUACUGUGAAUGUGAUAUUAACAGAUCGAUGUAGUGAUAUCUUCUCUAGAUUCUAGGACAGCUAUCGUGGAAGAUAGGACCAGGCCUGCAUAAUGCAUCUUAAGUUAGGCGUGAGGGCUCAUUAUUCGAAUAUACCCAUGUCGAGCGACUCAAUGAAGCCUGAUGGCCAUUCCAAGCAUUCCAAGGUCAAAGUACGAAAUAUAUCACCGAAAUGAAAUAUAUGAUCCUAGCAGACGUAAACUAUGGCCAGACAAGACGGUUCGAUAAUUUCGACGGCAUAAAUUAUGUAACUCACAAAGGAACAAAUCUUCGGAAUGUCAUCAUCAAAUUUACUCUCUGCUAUACAGUUGUU